CUGGAUGAGCCGCCCGUUGAUCUUACCUUGGACCUUCGGAAGCCAUUGGUGUCUAACCCGCCCCAUAUCACAUCAGUCGUGGAUGAUAUCAUGUACAUUGUGAACAAAGUCAUACAACAGACCCUAGCAACAGCUCAGCGGUCGGCAAUCACCAGCGUGGUGCCUACGAUAGCCCGAGUGCUUGGUGCUGAUUUCAUCGGUAUGGUACACCGAAAGAUGCGAGACGAAACGCACCCCAGACCCGUUGUGCCAGGCGGCCAGCCUCCCCCUGCUAUGGUGGUGUCUUUUCUUGUGCUCGUCAACAACCUGGACGUUGCUGUCGACUACUUGGAGCGCAUUGUGAAACGACACAUGGAGUCCACAGAUACCGGGGCCGACGUAACCAAUGAUGCCAGCGCUCAACCCCGGAUAUCGAUGCUGUUCCCGCUUGCUGACGAUGCUCAGGUGGUCCUAAGUACGCUACGGUCGUUGUCUGCUACCUUUACGUCCAAGGCGCAGGAUCUCAUCGGCGAUGGCAUCCAAGUCAUAUUCAACAACGUGCUCAAGUCCCGUCUCCGUCCUAUCCUUGCAGACGCCUUCAGGGACGCCGAGUACCAGCCCCCGGACGGCGAAGGAGAAGAUGGAGCGUACGGAGCAGGCCCAGGUGCUGAAGACGACGCCCUGAUGCACCAUGAAACCGGGCACCAUCACGGCCUGGUCCGCCAGCGGUUUGCAGCUGGCUGGCGGGACCUCAUGCUGCCAAUCGCUCGCAUCUUGACCGCCAACACCUUUGACCGCUUGCUCGGCGUGACGCUGACAUCGUUGUCGAGGCUGCUGGAAAAACGGCUCUGGUCUUACCACGGGCGGGUCAACGCCCUGGGGACCACCAAGCUAGAGCGAGACGUUACCGGGAUAAUAGCCGCUGCAGUGGACGUGGCUGAGGGCCACCACCAUGACGCUGCCACUGCUGCCGCUGCUGGGGAGAGAGGAGGCAGCAUUGGCGGCAGAGCAGGCCGGUACCGUCACCGCGAGACCUUUGCCCGGUGCACGCAGAUAGUGAUGGUCAUGGGUAUGGAGGAGGAGGAGUGGGAGGAGAUCUCGCAGGCGGACGGCGACGUGGUGGACAAGCUGACGGUGGAAGAGCGGGCCCGCGCCAGGUCGAUGGUAGUAUAG